AGAGUCUCUGACCUGCUUUCUUACAGUUACAAACAUCCCAUAAUAAUCGCUGGUCUGCGCUGAAAUGUUUUUUUUAGCAGCAAAACUCUCCCUCGUGCGAACAGGAAGUGUACGGUUGCCAUGGAAACGCCGUGGCCAUCUAACAGGUGAUUUCUAUUAAAAUGAAGCAGCGGAACUAAAAACAGAGCUUCAGUCUGAUCAGGUUAUUGAUCAGGGAGAAAUGUUUAAAAUGUCCGGUUGUGCCGUUAACCAUCGGUGGGGGUGGGGGGGUGAAUCCGUUGUAAGCCGCUGAGACUGAGGAGGAAGAGGAGGAGGAAGACGCGCAGGAGGAGGAGGAGCGCUCCGUCAGUCCGUCGGUAAACAGCAGCGGUCGGUGACGGACUCAGACGGUCGGUGAGUCGAUAAAGAGGCUUCUUUAUGCCGGGGUCAUGUAACUUAUCAAGGAGGAUGGAGAUUCAGCAUUAAGCCAGCAUCCUGUGGGCAGGAGGUCUGAGGAGAGGCAAGGGAUCAUGGGCGAUGGAGGACCCCUGCAGACUGAGGGGAAUGCCCUCCUCAAAGCUGUCUUCCAGGGGAAGUUGAGGCUGACCCGCCUGCUGCUCGAGGGUGGCGCUUACAUCAAUGAGGGCAAUGAGCGUGGCGAGACGCCCAUCUCUGCUGCCUGCUUAGCAAGCUACGAUGACCCACAGACCCGGCAGAGGAUGGUGAGGUAUCUGUUGGAGAAAGGAGCUGACCCGAACAUCCCCGAUAAGAGUGGCCGGACAGCGCUGAUGCAUGCCUGUGCAGAGCAGGCAGGAAAGGAGGUGGUGUCACUGCUGCUGGAGAAUGGAGCCGAUCCCAGCCUCAAAGACUACUCUGGUUCCUCUGCUCUUGUCCACGCCAUCAACAAAGGGGACCGUGACACCCUGCAGGUUCUGCUGGACUCCUGCAAGGCCAAGGGCAAGGAGGUGAUCAUCAUCACCACCGACACAUCUCCGUCAGGCACCAAGAAGACCAAACAGUACCUCAACUCCCCACCAUCCCCAGGCAUUGUGGACAAACUGUCUCCUGCCUGUAUGUCACCCUCUGAGGUGGAGAUUGGCACCUCCUCCCCUGCAGGAGACAAAGAUGAGGAAGGGAUCUUCAGCUUCAAACUCACCUCAGCAUUACCUUUACCUUCAGCUCGACCUCCAGGUGAGAAGAGGCCACCUCCCCGUAAACUGCUUAAGCGUCUGAACUCAGAACCGUGGGGCCUGGUGGCACCUUCAGUUCUCAGUGGGGUUCCCCAGGACCGGGUGGAUGGAGGUCUGGAGGAGGAGGAGGGCAACAGCAACCUGAACAAGACGAUCACAGAGAUGAACGGACUGACUGUCACAGAGCCGGUGAGGCCACUAUUGUCACGGCGUCACAGCAUUGAGACGCACGACCCCACAUCCCCUAAACUCAUUGACCGAUCCUGCUCUGAGGACUGCGCAGGGCUGUCUGGUCCAUCGUGGGCUGACAAAGUGCAGCAGCACCAGAUCCUCUACCGCAGGAACACAGCUCCAGAAUCCCAGGAGAACGCUGCUGGACCUGGGACAGUUGUGGCCCGAGCCCUAGCUCACCCCAAGCUCACACGGAUGGAGCACUAUGAGUCAGAUACCCACCUUUGUCCAGAGUCCAUUCCUGGAUCACCGGACUCUGGGAGGAUUUCGGUAGAACGGAGGAGGUACAACGCUUCCCCCUUGUCCCUGGUCACCAGUUCUUCCAGGGAGUCUCUGGAAAACAUCCCCAACUCAGUUUCCCCCAUCACUAUGCGACGGCGUGGCCCAGGGCUCCUGGAGCGCCGGGGCUCUGGGACCCUGCUGCUGGACCACAUCUCCCACACCAGGCCCGGCUUCUUGCCUCCGCUUAACAUCAACCCGCAGAGACCCAUCCCUGACAUCCGGGCCAAUGGGAAACCCACCUCCCCCAUCAACUCCGGACACAAGAUCCUGGUUCCAGUAGCCCCAGCCUCACCCAAACGGGGCCCAGACUUCAAGAUGAAGAAGAAGCUGAUGAGGAGACACUCAAUGCAGACAGAGCAGAUGAAGCAGCUUUCGACCUUCCAGGAGAUUCUGGCGGAAAAAGUCAUUGAGUCCAACGGGGAUUGAUGAAUGAAGACAAGGGAGCAAAGCAAAGGGUAGCUGCAGAGACUUAUCAGGGGUUGAUUUACUGUGAAGCAUCUCCAUUAGAUCAUCACAGAUGAACUCAAAUUAAUACCAUGGUGUGGUCUUUAAGGAGAGCUGCACCAACAAGGACUCAAUUCACCUGAGAAGAGUUUAGGUUUAAUACAGGUUUUGUCUGUUCCUGGUGUGAAACUGUGAGGUCAGUAUGAGUUUAAUCCAACCAACAUUAAAGAUCAUUGCAACAU